CUGCGUCAUCCAAGAGCUGCCUUUUGCCUGCCUCCACCCCCCACGUCGACCUCUCUGGACAACUUCAACCUGCAUCGCUGGAGCUCUCUCCAUCCAACACUGUACAACCACCCACCACCAACGACCAACACCCCGCAUCUCAGCCAAAUCACAGUAUCCAGGACCAUCGCUGUACCUGUCUACAGCAUCGCACACAGCAUCCACAGCCCAGGUCCUCUGCAGACCGCUAACGCAUCCACGGAUCUCACCCCGCGAUACCACACGAUCAUCCACUCUACACCCAUAGGUCGCCGUCAACAUGUACUCCGGCUUUGGCGGCGGCGGGUUCGAUCCGUCUAACCCGGAUCACCUCUACAACAUGGCUCGCCACGGACGACGACCCAUCGUGCAACGCUUCGACGAGUACUACCGAUGCUACCCCCUCAUCAUGGCCCCUGGGUCCGAGCGACCAGAGCUAAACUACGGCUCUAAAAUCAUUCUCCCUCCCUCCGCCCUCGAUAAGGUGUCGAAGCUCCAUGUCCAGUGGCCUUUGUUGAUGGAGAUGAUCAACGGGGAGAAGGGGAAGCACUCACACGCCGGUGUGUUGGAGUUCAUUGCCGAGGAGGGCCGAGCGUAUAUUCCGCAAUGGAUGAUGGUGACGUUGGGCAUGGAUGUCGGAGACAUGAUUCAAAUCCGAACCACCUCUUUGGAACUUGCCAAGAUGGUCAAACUUCAGCCACAAUCCGUCAACUUCCUUGAUAUUAGCGAUCCCAAGGCUGUCCUCGAAAAGGCCUUCCGCAACUUUGCCACCCUCACCAAGGGUGAUAUCUUCAACUUUGAGUACAACGACGAAGUGUACGAAGUUGCUGUCCUGGACGUCAAGCCAGAGACAGAAAAGAUGGGUGUGAGCAUGAUUGAGACCGAUGUUUCGGUUGACUUUGCCGCCCCAGUAGGCUACGUCGAACCUGAGAGGAAGAGUGGCACGAGCACUCCCAGAAGCACCCGCGGCGGCGUCCCUGCCGGAGGUCUCCUCCACAACCAAGGCACCAUGGCCCAGUCCAUCAACUACAACGCCAUUGCCCCCUCGGUCACCAGCAACGUGACUAACUUCCUUGGCGGUGGACAGAAGCUCGCCAAGAAGGGCAGCAAGAACUCGACCCCCAAACCCGCCACCCCCGUGCCAGCAUCCGAAGACACUCCCAAGGUCCCUCAACGACGAACUGGUGCCCCUGCAGCGCUACGCCUGCCCCCCAACAAACUGUUCUUUGGCUAUGAGAUCAAGCCAGUCAAGACAGAUGCGGACAAGGAGAAGGAGAAAGAGAAUGCCAACCGACCAAAGUUUGAUGGGCAAGGCCAGACGCUCCGCGGCGCUGUCAAGAGAAAGGGCGACGGAGAGGACAAGUCAAAGGCACCAGAGAAGAAGGGCACAAGCGAUGGGAAUCGGCUGGACGGCCGGCGGCCUCGGUAAUGGGUGACUCUUUUCUGGUUUCGAUUGGCGUUAGGGAGACAUGGGAGAUCAGUGGGUUCUAGUAUGGCAGAUAGGCACGAUCAACAGCAAAGGGUAGGCUCCGGUUGGCAGUUUGCUCAAUACAUUUCAUCCGCGAUUAAGAAACAAGGGCUUACGAUUUGAAUAUCUGUAACUACAAUAGUGAGAGGGUAGCACAAAUUAGAAAUGUAUAAUCAAGACUCCGGCUAGGUCUCUAGGGUAGGUAGUUUAGACGCAGGCAAAGGUUCACAAGCCAGCAGCUGGAGUAGGUAGUCAAGGUUAACAACCGAAGGA